AUGCUGCGAUUUGUGAUCUUUCUUUCGGGCAUCUAUGGACAAAUUCUCCUUCAAAACGUCAUUGAUCCGAGUUUUGUGAACGAGAAUGAUCUGGAACUUGAGUUUGUGCAAGCUGUAAGUGACCUAGGAACCCAAAAUGCAUUGAUUCUCUAGAAAGACCUACAGUAAUCGUUCAGGUGUGGCGACACGGCGAUCGCGCGGCUCUCUGGGAAUUAUACCCCAUCUCCGAGGCGAACUGGACAUUCGGAGGCGGCGGAUUCGGAGAAUUGACGCCCAGAGGAAUGAGCCAAUUGCAUCGGCUGGGCGCCAUUUUCCGACAGAAAUACGUGACGGAUCAACAGUUUUUGAAGCAUAGAUACGCCGCCAAAGAGGUGAGCUCACGCAGUUUGGGUUCAAGAAGCCGUGAAGUUGCUCCGCAUUCUUCUCCAUCAUUUUGCAGGUGUACAUCCGCUCCACAGACGUCAACCGCACCAUCAUCUCCGCACAAUCGCUUCUCUACGGAAUGUACCCUCCAGGCGCCUGGAACGUGCAAGGUUCGAAACACAUUCACUCUCACUCUUCGCUCAGACACUUUGAUGUCUUUGAAACUUCGAAUGAUACUAUGGAAAAGCAUAAAAACGGCAUGUUAUAGGCGUCGAUUACCCGAACAGUGUCGAUUGGCAACAAGGUUUCACGUUUGUGCCAAUUCACGUGGACGGCAACGAUGCGUGUGUAUGUUGUGGCCUAGAAAACGUUAGGCCACACUCGUUCUUCUUCCAGGCCGUCAAUCAAAAGUGCCAAUGUUCGCGUCUCGCCACACUUUUAACACUUUCCGACGAGCUGCCCGAAGUGCAGACCGCUCACGCGACUAUGCUGGAAAUGAACAGACGCGUCGCCGGAUUCUACAAUAUCACCGCGAAUGUCGAAACGUUUUACGAGUACCCCGACGCGUGGAAGUGUCAGAGAAACUAUUUCAACGAGUCGCUCUACCAACAACUUCCCUGGUACAGCGAGGACCUCUACGAAGAGGCACAAAGAGCUCAGGCGCCGUACAAACAGUUCCAGGAGGGGCAUUUCAGUGAGUGCGCGCGGAUGGGACGACUCUAGAUCGCGAUGGUUUGCAGCGAAUUCGUCGGUGGUCGACGGAAUCGAUGUGGGACGAGAGAUAAAGACGUUGGUGGGAGGGCCGAUGCUCGCGGAGAUCUACAAUAGAGGACAGGAGAAGUUGGAGUGCUCGGCGAGUCCGACAAAUUGCACGAGCUACACAAAACCCUUGAAGUUUUACGGGUACUCGUCGGUGAGUUUGGCCGCUCUCUUGAAGUUUCUCACACAAUUUCCCAGACAAUUUUCUAUAUUUUCAGCACGAUAUGAUAGUGUACGGCCUCCUCGUCCUCCUCGACAUCGCCGAUCUCGUGCAAACUGUCGAUGGCUGGCCAGACUACGCCUCGGCCGUCGUCUUCGAAUUCUACAGCAAUCCCGACACGGACGAGCAAUUCUUCAAGGUGCUCUAUCGAGACAACGCGGAGAAUCCGCUGGCCGAAGUGACGCACAGGAUUCCGGUGUGCAACGGAGCGACUGUGUGCUCCAUGCAGAAUUUGCAGAACAUUGCAGAGUACUACACACCGAAACCGGAUUUCAAGACGGUAUUCGCGUUGAAAUGACAUGGAAUAGAGAUGAAAAUUAAGUUGUAGGCCUGCAAAACACCUCUGAAUCUGGACAAAGCCUCGACAACGUCUUCAGCUCUUUCUGGCACCAUUUUGUUGAUCUCAACCCUAAUUUCUACGUAUUUUAUGUAA